AUGUAUGGGGAAGAAACCUACCCGGAUGAGAGGCCACAUCAGGCCAAUCAUCGAGCUCCCGACCAUGGACAUGAUCCACGUCAUGAUCCUGAUUUGGAUGAGAGGCAUCACCGUGCCAAUCAUCGUACUACCUACCAAGUCCAUGAUCCCGAUGCACUACUAAUGAAGAACAUUAAGGUUGACGCUCCUACCUUUGAUGGCACCCUCGAUCCCCAGCUCUUCCUGGACUGGGUCAAAGGUAUGGACAAUUUCUUUAAGUGGUAUGCCAUAUCUGAGGCUAGGAAGGUUAGUUUUGCAGCUAUGAAACUAACGGGUAGGGCGAGUCAGUUUUGGGCGAACUUAGAGAGUCUUAGAGAAGAUAGGAAUGAGUACCCUAUUGUAGAUUGGCUAUCCAUGAAGCGGGAACUCAAACAAAAGUACUUGUCACCGUCGUACUUCUCUCGACUAUUGGAUAGGUGGAAUAGGCUGACUCAAGGCAAUAAACCAGUUAAGGAGUGCAUCGCCUCCUUUGAUGACUACCUGAUUCGAUGCAAAGGGGAGACCUCUACCACCCCCGUGCAAAUCUUGUCUAUGUUUCGAACCGGGUUGCGAGAGGAUCUUCGCAAUGAGCUGUUUUCCCGGAACGUCACAACCCUGGAGAAUGCCUACAGCCUAGUGUUUGACUUAGAGGAGACCCGUUCACAGCACCCGAACCGUUCACAUGAUUCUAGUCCCUCCUACAGACCUUCUGGUAGUUCUACCCCUCACACCCCCACUGCCCAGCCGACCCCAGGGAGCAACACCCGACCCUCGUCUGGUCCCCCUACUCCCCGUCCUGAUGUUAGCAGUAAGCCUCCCACUCCGGAUACUCCUCGAUCUAACCCAGGGACCAAAUCCUUUAGAUGUCAGGGGUAUGGACAUAUCGCCUCUCAGUGCUCUAGUCCCUAUAAAGUCACGAUUAUCGAAGAGAUCACUGAAGAGGAAUUUGAGCCCGAAGCCGAUCAGAUUCACCAAGUAGACAGCGACGGUGAAUUCUUUGAGGAGGAUGACAAUACUGUUGUCAUCCAGUACAUCCAGAAAAUCGACACUUCUCCCACCUAUGAGGUGAGAUGUGCUUUUUCACAACCCGUUACCACCGACGACUGGCGUAGGACUACGAUCUUUCACACCUACACCAAGAUCAAGGAUAAGAACUGUAAAGUCGUCGUGGAUAGUGGCAGUUGCAUAAAUGCUUUCUCCUCCAGCAUGGUGUCUAAGCUUGGUUUGUCUGCCGUUCCCCACCCCAACCCCUAUAAGGUAAAUUGGGUCAACAACACUGCCUUGGAGGUAAAGGAACGAAGCGUCAUACCCAUCUCCUUCGCUGAUUAUAAGGAGAACGUUUGGUGUGAUGUGUUGAUCAUGAAUGUUGGACAAAUCCUUCUCGGUCGUCCCUGGCUAUUUGACAACGAUGUCCACAUCUAUGAUCGUUCAAACAACUGCGUGUUUGAACAUAAGGGCAAAAAGAUCAAGCUGGACUAUCAAAACCAAGAAAGGACUGAACUUGAUAAUCACUAUAGCCCAGACUGCACCUUUUCACAUCUUAGUCGAUCGUGA